CAUGUUGAAUUGUCAAUACUCUGAACCGAGAGACAAAAGAGGGACAACUCUGUAGACUUCUCGAAACAGCGAGUCUUUACCUCGCUUCACUAAACUGCUGGUAUAACGUUAAGAAAGCAACGUUACAACGGGGAAGACGUUGGGUGGAUGAAGCAAAUUGAAGUUUCCAACGCACUUUGCAGACUGCCAUCUCAACUUUUGCUGCAAAAGAAAAGGAAUCUGGAAACAGAUACCCAAAGGCAUUGAAGGAGGACAGUCCAUUUAAAAGAAAAGUUCACUGGAGUUUUUUUGAGCCAUUUUUGAGCCCCAGUAUACAUGUUGGAAGACUUUGUGGUGUCAAAGGAAAAGUCUGAGACUUGAUUUUUGACACUGGCCAUUUUGAAUGUAUAAAUGCAGCACUCUGACUAAAGAAAGACACUUGGAAAAAACAAGAAAAUUCAGGAUUACAAUUACAUCAAGGAUAAGGGGACUCUGAGACAAACAUUUUGAAUGAAAAAUAAGAGUUUAUGUUUUGGUCACAUAUUUGAUUUAUUUAUUCAUAUGAAUGUUAAUUUCUCCCUUUUUUGGAGAGUCGUCUUGUAAAUAGACAGAAUUAUUACGCAGACCUCUUCUUUUCAAGAGGUUUGCAUGUCGGAUUGUGUAAACAAUACAUUCUUUAUGAACGAAAGAUAGGAGAAAAGUUUUUUGGGUUUGAGUUUUUAGGUGUUUUUUUUCUACACACGGGUGCAUUAAACAGAUCAGUGAGAAAGAAUCAAAGGAACAUUACUUACUCACUGUGACUUGUCAAACUGUUGAACUCAUGGCUACAGCAAGAACCGCAAACCCAGCACCAAUGAUUGGACUGAAUAAACCAGCAAAUGGGCAGCUCAGAGGCCAACAGUUGGGACCCCUUUCAACUGCCCAACUGCCCAAUGCCCCUCAGAAUAAGAGCAGCAUUCCUCAGAGCAGUGGGGGCAUCAAGUUUGGUGAUGACUGGAAAAAGAGCCUGGAGCUUCCUCCAAAAGACAACAGAAUGAGAACCUCGGAUGUCACAUCAACGAAGGGAAAUGAAUUUGAAGACUACUGUCUAAAGCGAGAACUUCUAAUGGGAAUCUUUGAAAUGGGAUGGGAGAAACCCUCCCCUAUUCAGGAGGAAAGCAUCCCCAUCGCUCUCUCAGGCAGAGAUAUUUUGGCUCGGGCAAAGAACGGCACAGGAAAAAGUGGAGCCUACCUCAUCCCUCUCUUGGAGAGGAUAGACACGAAGAAGGAUCACAUUCAGGCCGUAGUAAUGGUUCCCACAAGAGAGUUGGCCCUGCAGAUGAGCCAGAUCAGCAUUCAGCUCAGCAAGCACCUUGGAGGGGUCAAAGUCAUGGUUACCACUGGGGGCACCAACUUGAGGGAUGACAUCAUGCGACUUGAUGAGAUAGUGCAUGUAGUGAUUGCUACACCUGGCAGGAUACUAGACCUGCUGAAGAAGGGUGUGGCAAAAAUGGAUAAGACACAAAUGAUGGUGAUGGAUGAGGCGGAUAAGCUUCUGUCCCAGGAUUUUGUGGUGCUGAUUGAAGAUAUUAUCAGCUUCUUACCAAAGGAACGUCAGAUUCUGCUUUACUCUGCCACAUUUCCCAUCAGUGUGCAAAAAUUCAUGAGCAAGCACCUUCAGAAGCCUUAUGAAAUCAACCUGAUGGAGGAACUGACCUUGAAAGGCAUCACCCAGUACUACGCGUAUGUGACUGAAAGACAGAAGGUCCACUGUCUCAACACACUCUUCUCGAGGCUUCAGAUCAAUCAGUCAAUCAUCUUCUGUAACUCAACCCAGAGGGUUGAACUUCUGGCUAAAAAAAUAACCCAACUGGGCUAUUCGUGCUUCUACAUUCAUGCGAAGAUGAUGCAGGAGUACAGGAACCGUGUGUUCCAUGACUUCAGGAAUGGAUUGUGCAGAAACCUGGUCUGCACAGACCUGUUCACUCGGGGAAUCGACAUCCAGGCAGUAAAUGUGGUCAUCAAUUUUGACUUUCCCAAAAAUGCAGAGACCUACCUUCACCGCAUUGGCAGAUCAGGGCGUUUUGGUCAUUUGGGUCUGGCCAUCAAUCUGAUAACUUCAGAGGACCGAUACAACCUGAAGAACAUUGAGGACCAGCUGAUUACUGACAUCAAGCCCAUUCCCAGCAGCAUUGAUAAGAACCUGUAUGUGGCAGAGUUUCACUCUGUUGACCCAGAUGAUGAUGACUGCAUUGGAUCCAAAAACAAAGAACUGGGAGCAGCCUGAAUGAAGGGCAUAACAUGGCGUCUGGCAUUGAUCACACAGUAUUGGCUGCAUCACACAAGAUUCCAAGUGAAGAUUUCUGUUCCCCAGUUUGCAACUAAAAUGGUCUAUUUAUUACUUUCACUUCCAGUUUGAGUUGACAAUAAGCUCCAUUCCUGGCUGUGCACACUCUAGGAAACUGGUAUCUUCACCUGUGACACUGUAGCAUGUGAUUUGGGCUGUUGCUUAAGUCUGUCAUUGAACUCAGCCACUCUACAAUAGAUGGAAAUUAUAACUAUUUUAGUGUACUGAUGUAAGAAGUGAAAUGUGAAACCAAAGGUGGACUUAAAUGAUAGAGCCCAGCUCACAUCCCACUGACAUGCCUUCUGGGCAGAUUGUUUAAAUAGGCUCUCUGUUUUUGUAACUUAGACUCAGUGGUCACUUUUACUAUUGAGUAGGCCCCCAGAAUAGCCUGAAUUUGUCAUGACAUGGUUUCAUAAUGCUGGAAAUAUUCCUUUAGACAGGUUCAUGUUGACAUGAUAACCUCACACAGUUGCUGUCUGUAAACCCCAGAGAAGUGUUGCGUUUGAUCCGAAGAGAUGAGCAUUAACAAUCAUUUCACAAUCACAUUUCUCCCCCAUUCUGGUCUAAAAACCGAACUUCUUGACCAUAUCUACAUGCAGGUGUACCUAAUUUUAGAGUGGCCACUGAGUGUCGUUAGUUAUGCAGCUUUGGACAGAAAUUAUUUGUAUUAGAGUAAUACGAGGGAACCAAAUUGGGAAGAGAAGACAAAGAAUUACAGAAAUUAGGAUAUAGAUGGCCUCAGAAACCAAAAUGAGCACUUUGCUCUGUUGGAUGUUUGAAAGAGGGACUGUUAAGAUGCUCCAUUACAGAGCACCUGAAACUGUGAUGUUUGUAAUUAAUUUUUUAUACCCAAAUGUUUACUGCAGUGUAGUGUCUGUGACACUGUAACACAUUUUGUCAAAGCACAGACCCAAUAAUGAGAAAUAAGUUAGUAUUGCGAAAUAUCCUUGAUCCCUUUUUAAAGCCAUAGCACAAGGCAGCAUUUUCUCAGGUUAUCAGUAGUUAUGUAAAUGUGACUGCUUGAGGGACUUUAGUUGAAACCGGCCAACUUUUUCAUCCUAAUGUAGUUUUUUUGUCCCUUCUCCCCCCAAAAGUGCCUUUAGUCUAACGCCAAACAUUUACUUUACGCUGGAGCUGGAAUUUUGAAAUGGCAGUUUCACUCUGAAAAAGCCUGCAGGUUUUCUUACCUAUGACACACAGACCAACUAAAAAUGUUGUGCAACUCUGGACUCAUUGACUUCAGUACAAUUUUACAAAAAAUGUCUUAAGAUCCAAAACAUUAACAUACUGGGUAUUUUCAAGUAGUGUCUACUCAUGCAGAUUACUAUCGUCUUUUUGACUUGCCAUUACAUUACUGCCAAGCACCAGCAGGGAAGGUAUGUUUUUGCGCCCUAUUCUAAAGCAGCUGAAGUAGUAAUUGGACCCCACACCCCUCCUCCUAUCACUACAUUCUGGACAGAUUAAAACAUUCAUGGCUUGAUGACCACAUGUUUUGUUAAGUUGGGAGAGAAAGAAACAAGAACUUAUUUUCUGUUAAAUGUGUUGAUGCCAACGCCUCAAACAAAAUAAAGUCCAACUGACUUGA